AUAUUUUUAAGGCUUGAGCGCACUACCGCAUCACGCAUGCAUGUGUUUGUCGGUCGAGUGCAACACUGGCAAAAUGAAGAUGGCGGACGGAUCUUUGUUAAGAAGAAAUAGGCCCGGAACAAAGGCAAAGGAUUUUUGCCGCUGGCCAGAUGAGCCGUUUGAGGAAAUGGACAGCACACUUGCAGUGCAACAGUACAUACAACAGAUAAUAAGACGAGAGCCUUCGAACAUUGAGCUCAUUCUUGGUAUGCCUGAUGGUCAGGACGAGGGAGUUUGGAAAUACGAACACCUGAGGCAGUUCUGCAUGGAAUUGAACGGAUUAGCAGUGAGACUCCAAGGGGAAUGUAACCCCGAGACUUGCACUCAGAUGACUGCCACUGAACAGUGGAUAUUUUUAUGCGCUGCUCACAAAACGCCAAAGGAAUGUCCAGCGAUCGAUUACACUCGGCAUACUUUGGAUGGUGCCGCUUGCCUACUCAACAGCAAUAAAUACUUCCCAAGCAGAGUCAGCAUCAAAGAGUCAUCUGUCGCAAAACUUGGCUCUGUAUGUCGUCGAGUUUACAGGAUCUUCUCACACGCCUAUUUUCACCAUCAGUCAAUAUUUGACGAGUUCGAAAAUGAGACAUUCCUUUGUCGCAGGUUUACAGCGUUUGUUAUAAAAUAUAAUCUGAUGUCUAAGGACAAUCUCAUAGUACCAAUAUUGGAGGACGGCGCACCAACGGAAAGCGAGGCAUAAGGAUUGUCGUUCUUAUCAUCUUGGCUGGGGCCCGAAUGGCAGAUUAAAUGAAAUCUGUUACUGAGCGAUCCACAUAUACAGAUAUAUUUAAUAUCACACGGCAUUAUCUCAGGUGGCAUGCGAUUGACACUGAGACCAAACUAAUGGACGCAUGUUCAGAUUCUGGUCAAAUUAUUGUUAAAAAUCCUUGACUGAACAUCAGAAAAGUAAGUGCCGUCGGUAAAGUUCUCCGUCAAUCACUGAAUCAAUUCUGUUUAUAUUUAUCCAAAUUUAUUUAUACGUGUUUUUCCAAUAUCAUGCCGAAUCAACUUUUCCGUCGCACUUCGAGAAAUUUGUCCUCCUUUUUCUCAUUGAUACACAACCUGAAGACUGUUUGUCUGAAUAGCUACGAUUAAUUUACUAUCCAUAUAAUGUGAAUCAGAGCCUGAAUUAUUAUGAUUUUCUAUUUAAUUGAAUUUAAAUCGAUCUUUUGUUUCUGUUGGUAAUAAUUUAUCAGGUUCAACCAACGAUAAUUACAGGAUGGAUCAUGAAUCACAUACUUUACUUACGUAUCAUCUUGUUUUACCGACGUACCACUUCUCACUCCGUAUAGCGUCGCGGCUAACGUGUGUGCGUCUCGAAAGUCUAAUCCAUCCAUUCUAAAAUCUGUAAAUGCUCGGAAAUACACUUUGAAAUGAACAAAAUAACUUAAUGAAGGAAAACUCGUUAAUAGUUAUUGAUGAAAUACAAAGUUUCUUGUAAAAUCUCAUACAAUUUACUUUGCGAAUUCAUUGUGUUAGCUGAUCUACCUACUUUGACUUUUACCUCACAGUCACUUCUGAGUUUUUGAGUAAAAAAAACUCCAGUUGUCACACUUCAAAAUAAAAUUUGUGACUGCAAGUUGAAAUAUAUAAUUUAAAUUUGAACCGGUUAAUUUUUUCUUUCUUCAGUUUUAUUAUUAGUCGCGAUUGAAGUAAUGAUAUUUUUUCUCAAGACCCUGUUUCUAUCGAUUGAU